CAUCACGUUGUACGCUGAGAGUCACGUGGUACGACUUGCGUGCCUGCGUGACUUUGAAUCCACCGGGAACGGGAAGGCACUGCCGCCAUCUUUCUGCGCAGUGAAAAGGAGAUACCGGAGCGGACUCUUUUACUCGACAGAAGUUUUACAUGCUGAAAAUGCAAAUGUCUACAUGUUUUGAAUGCAAACGGAAAUGCGGUGGAUUUUGACUGUCAUCUAGUUUUCCGAUCACAACAAUCUCUGAAAAACCACUUGAGACAACAUGGAGUUUCACAGCAUGGACCUAUUGGACAUUUAAACUUUAAAAUUAACUGUCAGUUAUGCAAUUUCAAUGAUCCAGUGACUAUAAAACAGUAUUUCUCUCAUCUUGGGAAACAUCUUAAAAGCAAAGAGACUGUUACCUGCCCCUUAAAUCAUUGUUCUUUCAAAUCAAGUGUUUACUCUACCUUUACUUCACACAAAAGUCGUUUUCAUAACAAUGUCACACUGCAAGACUUGAAAUCUGAGCUUGUUAUUCAAACAAAUGUAAAUGAGGAGCACCUGGUUGAUCAAGUGCAGUCAGAUAUCAGUGACGCUGAAUUUUCUGGGGGUGAGAAUAUAACCGAGCAGGAGGUUAACACUGAUACAGUUCAGGCAAGACUUGCAUCUUUAUUUCUGCGAUUGCAAGCAGUUUUGCAUGUCUCAAAGACAGCGGUUCAGCAAAUAGUUACAGAAUUGAGGGAUAUUGGUGUUUUAGUUGGUGAGCUAAACAAAAACACUCUUGAUAAAGCAUUGAGGCAGCAUGGUUGUACCAUUGAUGAAAACACUUUAAAUAUAGUUAAAGAUACUUUGUGCCAGGCUAAUCAUUUUAGCUGUCUUUCUGAAGGUGGGUCUUUGGGAACUGACAAAAGAAGGUUAUCAUUUUUCAAAGAAAACUUCAGUGUUAUUAACCCAGUUGAAUUCGUUUUAGAUUUGUCAUCAAAACGAACAUUUGUUUAUGUGUCAAUCUUGGGUGUUCUUCAAGUAUUGUUAAAUAGGGGUGAUGUACUUGACAGAGUUUUAGAAGAAAGCCAAAAAUCACAAUCUGGCCAUUAUACAUCAUUUUCUGAUGCAUCAUACUGUAAAGAAAAUCCACUUAUUUCUGGUGAAGAUCUGAGUAUUUCUCUGGCCUUGUAUAUUGAUGAUUUCGAAGUCUGUAAUCCUUUAGGGACAUCAAGAAAAAAACAUAAAUUGUGUGCCAUCUAUUGGAUAAUUGCUAAUUUACCUGUAAGAGACAGAUCAUCAUUAUCUACUAUAUAUCUGGCUGCCCUAUGCAAAAGUCAAGAUGUUAAAACAUUUGGUUACAGUCCAAUUGUUCAACCAUUACUAAGAGACCUAAAAUUGCUUGAAAAUCAAGGAAUUUACAUCAACAGAUUGGGAACUAGUGUCAGAGGCACAGUACUAUACAUUUCAUCAGAUAAUUUGGGGGCACAUUCUUUUGCUGGCUUUCAAGAAUCAUUUAAUGUGGACAAGUUUUGCAGAUUUUGCCUUGCAAGUCGUAAAGAUAUUCAAACUUGUUCUGUAAGAAGUGGUGCAUUUGUAUUGAGAACAAGAGAGUCGCAUAACCUAGACCUCUCUGAGCUUAAAGAAAAUGUGACUUUGAAAAGUGUGAAUGGGGUAAAAAGGGACUGUGUUCUAAAUGAGCUACAGUACUUUCAUUGCAUCACAGGGUUUCCACCUGACUUUUUGCACGACCUGUUGGAAGGCAUUGUACCCUUUGAGCUGUGUUUGUGUUUGAAAAAAUUAAUUGAUAAGAAAUAUUUCACUGUAGAUAAUUUAAAUACUGCCAUACAGCACUUUCCUUAUAAGUUCUCAGACAAAACCAAUUGCCCUCAGAAAAUUCCAGUAAAUUUUCAUUUGGUUGGAACAAUAGGAGGGAAUGGCCAUGAGAAUUGGACUCUGUUAAGGUUGUUGCCAUUAAUUAUUGGUGAUGUUGUUCCUGAAAAUGAUAACGCUUGGUCUGUGAUUCUCGAACUGAAAGACAUUGUUGAAAUCUUGGUAUCGUCCACUUUCACAGAAGAAAGCCUCUCUUACUUGGAAGCAAAGAUCUUUGAACAUAGGACACUUUUAAUAGAAGUGUUUCCUGAUGUAAAACUCAAACCCAAACAUCAUUUCCUUGAACAUUAUCCCUGUCUAAUUCGAUGCUUUGGACCUGUGGUUGACUUCUGGACAUUUCGCUUUGAAGCUAAACAUAGCUUUUUCAAGAAAGCGGUCCGUGAUCUAAAUAACUUCAAGAACAUUGUUUUAUCCUUGGCCAACAGACACCAACUUAUGUUGUCAUACUUUUUUGACAUGCCGUGCCUGUUCAAGCCAGCAGUGGAAGUAGAAAGAGCAACAUACAGUUCCCUUGAAAAUCUGUCAACCUCAGUCAGACAAGCUAUUCAGCACAAAUUCAGUCAUCUGACCAGUGCAUCACUUGCAACAACAGCCUUUAUACAUGGGACAAAAUAUGUAAAGGGAAUGUACGUAUCAUUUGGAAGCACAAGCGGACUUCCUGAUUUCUGUCAAAUUCUGUACAUUGUGGUAGUGGACAACAAGGCAUUCUUUAUUCUUCAACCUUUCUCUGCCUGGUACCUGGACCACUUCAGAUGUUUUGAAGUUUGCAGCGCUGAUGAUCUCCAACUGGUUGUGGUCGAACCUGCAGAGCUGAACCACUACGCCCCUCUGUCAGCCUACACCGUGCAAGGAAGACACCUGAUUUCUCCGAAGGCAUCCCUACUGCACUGAGUUGGGAUUCACCAUGUUGCUGCGCGUCAUCCUUAGCCAAGACGACAUCCGGAGGAUAACAAUUGACAGCAUGCCAGAGACUGUUGAUGGCCUUCACUUGAUGCUGAAGAACAAGCUUGGAUUGGAAGGUGACUUGGUGGUGCAGUUCCAAGAUCCAGAGUUCGAUAAUGAGCUUUGCAACUUGAGUAGCAUGUCAGAGCUGCCUAAGGACAAAGUGACUUUGAAAGUAUACAGCAAGAAUCUUGAAUCCUAUCAUACAGACUCAACCUUAGACACAGCAAGCCUAUCCACAUCCGCUGAGGGAAGCCCCUCUGCCAGUCAUACCCGUCAGCUGCCACAGCCAUUUGACAUCCCUACUUUUUCGUAUGAUGUGGAACUUAAGUUGAAGAAAGGAAAUGAAGCCUUCCAUGAAGAUGGAACCCUUCUUGAUGUGUCCAAAGACACAAAAUCAGACAUUUUGGAUAAAAUAGCAGAAGCCAUCUAUGUCCACAACGCAUACCCAACACGUGAAGAUUAUGACUUAAUGUCACAAGCUCUCGUCGACAAACAUCCCUGUCUGAGGGAACCAGGAUCUGUCAGCGGUUGGUACUGUUGGAAAUUUAGCUUGAAGUUCAAAAUGGGAAACUUCAGACAGAAGCUACGAUUGGCUGGAUGCCCAGAGCUCAACAUCAACUCGCGCUCUUCAGGUACACCUGGGAAAGGAAAACUUAAGAGGGCCAGAAAAUCUGAAGUCAAUUUCCUGCCAGACAUCCCAGAGGGAAAAACACAACGUUCCCUCGAAGAGGAAAGAACCGAGAUGGUCACCGAAAUGAAGAAAAGGAAAAUUGAUUGGCAGAAAAUAAAAGGAUUGAUGACCAGCACUUUUUCUUUACGGAGAAAAACAAUUGUGGAGGAUGAGCCACCUGUGGCGGAUGUCAGAGAAAGAUGGCCGGCACUGUUCUCUGAACGUCAGAUUGAAGCAGAGUUUGCUCGCCUUACGUCUGUUGACCUGAAAGACUCCCUCUUCGCUGGCCUUGACAAGUAUCUACUGAGGUUCCUUGGGGUGUACAGGGCCAGGAUGGGUCUGGUGGAGCUGAACAGCCUUUUGAGGACUCUGGACAUUGAUGGUUCCAACCAAAGGCAAAGGGCAGUUGUUUUGAUGGGGCUCCCCCACUACUUAAAAGAUGGGUCCACACUGUACAAGAAAGUACAGGUCACAGAUGCAGAGGAGGACUGGACAAAGGGAAUGGCAGUCGGCAUCCUCAUGGUGGCACAGAUUGAUGAGCUGGUCCGUUUCGCAGUGGUCCUCGAGGAAGAGAUCAUCUUUCCAAGCCUAAGUGAUUUCCCAACUGCUGUGGCACUGCUGAUGGGUCUGCUCUUUGCCCUUAACAUCGACUACCCCAGGGGCCUUAGGUACACUUUUGAAGUUAUUCAGAAGGUGCUUAUGGACAUUGGUGGAGGGCAAUGCUCUGCCUUGGUUCAUGGCUUAAAAAACCGACUCUUGAGGAAGAAAAUGUAAGCUUAAAAAGCACAGUUUACGCAAAAGUGAACAUUGUUGAGUGUUAAAUGGACUCAUUUAAGGUUAGGUGUUUGCGAUCUGAACAAAGCAAGGUUCUGCAUUGGUUCAUGGUGUAAGAAAUUAAGUUGUUGAAACCGUGCAUGUUUAAGAGUUCAAGCAGAGUUUACUGUGUUUUGGUAACAACCAAAUGUCACCAUCUUCAUGGGUUUGUGGAAUGAAAAUAGGUGAUUGUAUUAACAUGUAAGAUCUACUGAAUAUAAUCUGAAUGCCAACCAAAUGUGGACAUGGUAUGAGAAAUUGACUCUUAAUUGAAAACCAUGCAAGUUACAGCACCAACUUCAUUCUAGUUAACUAAAUAAAGACCUGGAUGGGCAUUAUAUUUUGACACUUUAUCAGUGUAAAGUGAAUGGCCGCUGUAGAAGAUUUAGACACUGUCUAGAUGUGGGGGACAGCAAUACAGACAAUUCUGGGUUGUUUACUUACUGAUCAUUUUUUAUGCACUUUUUGUAAAUCCACAUAGUUGCAUGGCAACAAAUUAUUCUUUUUUCAAGUUGACACCACCUAUAUAUAAUGUGUAUUUUUGGUUGUCAUUUACAACUUGAAAUGCAUAUUUUCAGACUAGUUUUCCCCCUGCAUCCCUUUUUUUAUGUUUUGUUGCACUAUUUGUAAAAGCAAAUUGUUGAAUGCCAACUAAUGUUAUCACAAUACAAAUCUGUAGGAGAAAUUUGGGGGAGGAAAUAAUUUUAGGAUUGAUACCUAAAUUAAAUUCAUUAAAAUAACAAGUAUUUUGCGAAUAUGUGUGCAUAGUAUAAUUGGUAACAAAAUAAUAUAUGCAGAAAAGGGCUGUAAAAAUCCUCAACAGUACAGAUUUGUUAUUUUGAUGACGUGUCGGUACAGUUGUAACUUGUUACUGUUUUGUUUUUUUUUUAUACGUGAAGAUUUCAUCUUCAGUAAAAAAAAAGAAAAAGGUAGGCCUACAAUAAAACUGUUGGUCUGUGACUGCCAAAAUCUCUGGUGUAAAGGCUCGUCAUUUACUCUUUUGAAAUAAAAUCCUUAGACGUAAUUAAAUGUGAUGUAUGCAGAUAAUAUGUAUUGAGCAAUGUUUUUACAGGUUAAAAAGAGAAAUAUUAUCCACUUAGAAAUGUAAGUAGAUCUUAAUAAGAGUAUUUAAGAUAUUGGUAAGUGCCAAUAACUAUUACAUCAGUUAAAUUAACUUGUAAAUUUAUGUAAACUUGAUUGAGGUUUAUAUUCAAUAAGUUCAUAAAUGUAAGUACAACUCACUAGUAUUGCAGUUAAAUCAACUUUUAAAUUUAUGUCAUCUUGAUUGGGGUUUGUCUUCAAUCAGUUCAUAAAUGUAAGUACAUCUCACUAGUUUUGUAGUUACAUCAACAAGAAAAUGUAUGUUACUUAUACUGCUAUUUAAGUUUAAUCAACUAAUACAUUUAAGUAGUUUUGACUCAAGAUGAAGUUAUGUCAACUAAAGGUUUCAAGUAAUAUGGACUGAAGAUGGAGUUGAGUCAACUAGAAAUAUCUAUUUAAGUUAACUUAUUGUCUUAGUUGUCUUGACAUAAAAUUUCAAGGCAGCAUGGACACUUGAAUUUUUAAGUUGAAACAACAAGUUCGGGUUUACAGUGUAUGGAUAU